AUGGCCAGCAGCACAGCGAUAGAGGUCGCACCUGGCCGCUCGGCCGUCGAGGAGCGGGGGGCAGGGCACAAGGUCGACCUGCUCGCUCCCGAGUCUGACGCGCCAACGACGGCGGCGCUCGACGACGAGCUCAAGCUCCCGCCCACACAGUCGCUCGUUAUCAUCCUCCUCUCCAGCGUGCUCAUGCAGAUCUCGUCGUUCAUCGUCGUGCCCUCUGCCAACGAGUAUGCGCAGCUGCUUGGCGGAACAGCGACCUUCGGUGGUCUCGUGCUCGGUAUCCCGGUCGUCGCGUCCCUCCUCUCCGUCCUCCCAAUGAUGGCGCUUGAUCAAGGCCGCUACACCCGCCCGCUGCACGUCGCGUGCGGGUGCACCGUCGUCGGCAUGUCGCUGUACGGUCUGGCGUACUAUGCCAACUGGCUGUACCUGAUCCUUAUCGGCCGCCUGAUCUGCGGCAUCGGCUGGACGUUCUUCAUGUACUGCAAGCGGUACUGCUCUGACCCGCGCAUCGUCGGCGUGCGCCGGCGCACCACGUUGGCCGGGUGGCAGGUGCUCGGGCAGGCGGUCGGCUUCUCGUUCGGCCCGUUCAUGGGCGGCUUGAUGUCCAAGAUCAACCACAAGAGCAAGAUCUUCAACGGGUUUACUGCGCCCGGAUGGAUCAUCGCUGCCGUCUGGGCCGUGUUCUGGGUUGCGGUGUGCUUGUGUUUUGUCGACGUGCCCAAGGCUACCGACGCACCUAUCCCGCUCCAGCCCGUCACGCCUGCCGCCGUCGACGUUGAGCACAGCGCCGACGCAUCGGCGGCUCCGUCGGCCACGCCCUCGGCGACGGCUUCCGCCGCUGCUCUCGUCCCUCCCGCCCCACCAAAGCACCGCCUCACGCCCCAGCAGGCCGGGGUGACAUUCACUAUGUGCUGGUUCGCCAUGUCGUGCUUCUUCAUCCUCGGCGCGUGGGAGGCCAACAUUCCAGUGUAUACGGCGUCCGACGCGCCGUCCAACCCCUUCCACUUCUCCCCCUUCGCCUCGGGUAAUCUCAUCGCGCUCGGCGGUGCGUGUGCGCUGCCGUUCCUCCUCCUCAACCUGUACUACGCGCGCAGGAUGCAGGACCGCCACACGCUCGUCCUCGGGACAAGUAUCGGCCUGGCUGGGCUGGUCAUCGCCAUGGCCAUCAUCGCGACCAAGAAGGUCAACUACGGGUCCUUCUUCAUCGCGUGGUUCCUCGUCGCGCUCGGCUUUAACAUGGCCACAACGGUGACGAUUGCGCUGCUGUCCAAGCAGCUGCCUGGGGAGUGGAACGGACGUAUCUCCCUCAUCAUCCAGGCGAGCAUCUACGUCGGCCGUGUCGCCGGCGCUGUGUGGGGCGGUUCGGGUGUCAAGAUCGGCAUGCUGGGCUACGUCGGCGCCCAGAUUGCCUUUGUCGGUGUCGGCGUCGUGCUUUCCCUCACACUGUGGAACAACAUGAAGGCAAAGACGGGAUAGGUUUGUGUGCAUAUGCAUUGGUUGUGGG